AAAUUGCGAAAUAAAAUAUUAAAAAUGGAGCUUUCUUUACGCCAAGAGCUGACUAACGGCAUCGAUAAAGCCAAGCUAGUAAAGGCAAUUCACCAGAAAAUAAUAGACGAGAAACUGCAAAAGCAGAGAGCUUAUGAUGUCCAUCUUGAGAAGGCUAGAGCAAUUGAAGACAUGCGUUUGCAAGCUUACAUGCAGAAGGAGUUUAGGAAGGAACAACAGAGAGCAAAGGUUAAGCAACAGAAGCAGCAGUACGAUAGUUUCAUAUCCAGUACGAAAUAUACCAGGGAUAUGAAGGCUAAACUAGAAGUCCAGAACAUAUUUGCUAAACAGCAGCAGAUCCUGGACGAAAAGAAACAGAAGCAGCUUGACUGAAUGACCAGGAAAAGUCAGCAUAUCUCAGAGAAGAAGAAACAGAGGCAGGCCCUAGCAGGUAAGAAGCUCAGGGAACUGUCAAGAAAUAUUCAGCAUGUCAAGACUAAGGGCGAGAGUCUUAUGGAUGAUAAAAUCUUCAAAAUUCUGGAAAAAGAGAGAAAGCAAGAAGAAAAGUUAAAAGAAUACAAGAUUAAAAAGUCUCUUCAGUACUUUGAUAUCAAGAAAAAGUACGAAUCAAAAUCUAUAAUCUCAGGAUCGAUAGAAGACGAUAGGUUUAGUGAAAUUCUCACUAAACAAAGCUUCACUAAGAAUAAGAGAGAGAAUAGUCCGGAGACUCAUUUAUAUAAAAAUACUGGCAAAACGCAAAGGAACCUUUUCCCUAAUCCCAGGAACUUCCAGAACCGUGAAGAGAUCAAAGGCCAGAUAAAAAUUCUCGAUGAUGAUCGAAAAAGCAGGUACCUCAAAAAACUAGAGGAAAAAGAGAGGAAUUUCUGGGAAAAUAAGAGGAACGAAAAACUUAGACUCAAAAGGUUCAGAGAAUGGGAGGAAAAAUAAGAGACAGGAAAAGCAAGCAAAGGUUGAGAAAAAGAAUGAAUACAUCGAUCUCCUCAAGUUGUACAAGCAAGAGGACCAAAGGAUCAGGUCUAUGAUGAGAGGGACUAAUAAGCCGUCACUGACAAAGUUGAAUACUAACCCAGGAUAUGCACUUAGUCCAAAUUCCUCAGCGUAUUUCCAGAAGAAUGGAGUCGGCAAAUCUGUUAAAAAUAGCUCGAUGAAGCGCCAUAAUUUGACAAUGGAGUAGAGUUUUUAAGGGAUUUCAAUAUGAUUCAUGAAA